AUGGUUUCUUACAUUAGAGGUCCAGCUUACAAGUCUGUUAAAACCAUUGCUGGUUUAAACUUACCACUUAUUAGAAAAUACGUUCCUAACUUAGUCAUCUGGGGAGGUGCUGGUAUUGCAGGUGUUGCCACUUUCACUGAAGGUAUUCCAUUAUUUAAGGACACUUUCUACACUAAAAUUCCAUACUUCGGUCAACACUGGGUUUACAACCCAGAUCCAGAAGAAGUUCCUGUCUAA